GGACAAGGCAGCUGUGGUGGAAGAGCCACUUCUCUCUCUUUGACGGGAGCUCCUGUUAAAAGUUGGGCAGGAUAACCAGCCCUCUGGACCUGCACCGCAGUCAGCUCGUUCGCCUUGGACAUGAACAGGGUUUGCUACAUACUGCUGGCAGGCUGAUGGUGUACAGUCUGAACCACCAACCAGACAAUGUUGCACGCAGCAGAGUGGUUGAUCAGGUUGAUUGUAACUGGAAUCAUUUUCAGCUUACAGAGGGAUGCUGGGAUGGUUACUGGAAAUGCAAGCAGAUUGGUGCAGAACCGGAUAAAACGUCAGAUUGCCGACACCUUAGCAGAAGACCAGCCUGAAGGUCUGUGGGGCAAAUGGGGUCCUUGGACUGCAUGCACCAGGACCUGUGGUGGUGGGGUAACGCACCAGACCCGGCCCUGCCUUCCUCAGACAAACUGGAGAAUUCAGUCUACGUUCCAGUUUGCAAGAGGAGAUCAGUCCCUACUGGUAUAUCACAUUCCUCGCGGCCAAGUGCUGUCCACCAUUCGUCAUUCUGUACCUCUUCAUCGAAGUUCAGCCAGCAGGCUACCUGGAACCAGCAUCAACCAAAUCUAUCAGACCUCCAACAGGGGAUCACUCAACACAGAGAGAUCAAGGAGGUUGAGGGCUGGAGCUUCUUUUCAAAGCACUUCCUCACGCUUCCAGCGCACUGACCCAGACCAGGAAGACUCAUUCCGCUCACAUCAGCAAGGGAUAAGCAUGAGAGUGCUAAGACCGAGUCACUGGGGACAGCCCUCUGAGCCUCAAACCGAAGAUUCAGUGUUCCAGCAGAGGGGUGUGCCACAGCCUUUCCAGGCACAACCUGAAACCCAAGUUCAAACUGAUGGACAAACUCUGACGGAGCGACUGGUAAAGCAACAGCAGCCCAGAGUCCCAAGGAGUCCCACUGCUCAGGGUUUCAGUUGUCUUGGUGCUUUCAGACAGUCCAAGUCAUGUAACCCUCAGCCCUGCCCAGAAGGGAGUCGAGACUUUCGAGAGGUGCAGUGUUCAGCUUAUAAUGACAAAGCUUUUACGGGAAAGUAUUACGAAUGGGAACCUUUUAUUGAUGUAACAGAUGACCAAAAAUGUGAGCUGAACUGCAGAGCUAUUGGGUACAAAUUCUACAUACGCCAUGCCCCUCAAGUCAUUGAUGGAACACCUUGUGAACCUGGCUCUUUGAACAUUUGCGUCAGUGGACAGUGCAAGCAUCUGAAGUUUUUUAAGGAUUUUCAACUUUUGGAUGCAUUUCUCAACGUCUUGAGGUUUGCUGGAGUCUCUCAUGGUGCUAUCGCCAAUGAAGUGAAGCAAAGACUAUAG